AUGAACCCUUCCAAAUUUUAUGGCUCCAAAAUUGAGGAAGAUCCUCAAGAGUUUAUCAACGAGGUCUAUAAGAUACUUGCUACUGUGGGAGUGACUCUGGUAGAGAAGGCGGAGCUAGCCACUUACCAACUCAAACGGGUUGCUCAGAUUUUGUUUAAUAAACGAAAAGAGGAAAGGCCGGAAGAAAUGGGUCCCAUAGAGUGGGAAAGGUUCAAAAAUGCUUUUCUUGAUCGAUUUUUCUGUCUUGAGAUGAGAGAGGCCCAGGGACUCGAGUUCAUUUACCUUAGGCAAGGAAAUAUGAGUGUUAGAGAAUAUGCUUUGAGGUCCGGUGGACGGGGUCGUUCAAGGUUUCGGCAAAAGUUCUCUGGGCAAGGUUCUUCUAGUGCUCCUUCAAGUCCUAAUAAUUAUAGGGUGUCUAACCCAAAACCUCAAGGAGAUGGUAAUAGGCCUUCAAUGCCUACUUGUGCCAAAUGUGGAAGAAAUCAUGAGGGUAAGUGUCUAGCAGGCUCCAAUUCUUGCUUUGGGUGUGGUAAGACGGAUCAGAAGAUAAGGAAUUGUCCUUCGGUUGCUAAGAAUGAGGGAGAUACUCGUCGUAGGGGUCAACCCUACCCUUCGUCCGGUCCAAGUUGUUCUGGUGCAAGUGCUCCUAAGAAAAACUGUUUCUAUGCUGUCCAAACUAGAGGUGAUCAAGAGAACUCACCGGAUGAGGUGACUUGUAUGUUAAAAUUUUUCCUUAUAGAUGUGUAUGCUUUACUUGAUCUAGGGGCUACUUUGUGCUUUGUGACUCCUUAUAUAGCUAUGAGAAUGGCUCUGGUGGAACUUAAGGAGUUGAAAGAGCAACUAAAGGAUUUGUUGGACAGGGGUUUUAUCCGACCAAGUAUAUCUCCAUGGGAUGCUCCGAUUUUGUAUUGCUCCAAAUCUAGCAAACUAGAAGUCAGUGACCCAAUUGCUGCAACCAGCAAAUUCAAACAGCUUCCUCAAAGUCCAUCAUCGGUGCAAGACAUUAUAACAACAACUCCACAACGCCAAACAAUGGUUUAA